UAUAUAUAUAUAUAUGGUAGGAAGGAUGGAUGAUUGAAACUGCUAUAGUAAAGAAUAAUCCAUCAUCCAUUGUAAGUAGCAGUAGUAGCUUUACUGGAAAAGAUUAUUCAAUUGCUUUUUCUUUUUCUUUUUCUUUUACGUUUUUUAUAUUUUUCAUAAAAACGUUUCUUUACUAGUUCCUUAUUUGCCUUAUUUGGAGUUUCGGACUUUAUACAAUUCCGGUUCUUUUAUUUCUUUGUUGCUGGUUUUUUACUUUUGUUUUACACAUUCUCGAAAAGAAAACGAUUCUUAUAAAUUCAUCAUGUCGAAAUUCGCUGACUUUCAACUUCCUCUCAUCAAAAACGAACCCCCCAAAAAUUAUGGACCCCAAAGUGUGGAGCGCGAACAACUUGUCGCUGCUUACCGGGAAUUAGAGUCCCAACUUCCUGUGACCAUUCCUCUCGGUGUCAAUGGAAAGGACGUCAAGACUAACGACAUUGGUGAACAACGCUGUCCUUUUGACCACAAGAAGGUUGUCGCCCGUUACCACCGUGCCAGUCCCGCCGAUGUCCAAGCCGCCAUCGAGUCUGCUCUCGAAGCCAAGAAGGAAUGGGAAAACUUGUCCUUCACCGACCGUGCUGCUGUCUUCUUGAAGGCUGCUCACUUGAUCAGCACAAAGUACCGCUACAAGCUUAUGGCGGCUACCAUGAUCGGCCAAGGCAAGAACAUUUGGCAAGCUGAAAUUGACGCUGCUAUGGAAAUCGUCGACUUUUUACGUUUCGAUUGCAAAUACGCUAGCGAAUUGUACUCUGUUCAACCCCCCGAAAACUCCACCGGCGUCUGGAACCGUACCGAGUACCGUCCCUUGGAGGGCUUUGUUUACGCCAUUACCCCUUUCAACUUCACUGCCAUCGGUGGUAACUUGGCUGCUGCUCCUCUUCUCAUGGGCAACGUUGUCCUCAUGAAGCCUUCCGACCAUGCUGUCUUGUCCAACCGCAUUGUUUAUGACAUCUUCGUCGAAGCCGGUCUUCCCGCCGGCGCUUUACAAUUUGUCCCCGGUGACGCUAUCGAAGUUUCCAAGACUUGCUUCAAUCACUUUGACUUUGCCGCCCUUCACUUUACCGGAAGCACCAACGUUUUCCGCUCUUUGUGGGGAAUCAUCGGUGAAAACGUCGCUCACGGCAAGUACCGCACUUACCCCAAGAUUGUCGGUGAAACCGGUGGUAAGAACUUCCACCUUGUUCAUCACUCUGCUCAAAUCCGUUCCGCUGUUGUCAACACCGUUCGUGCUGCUUACGAAUACCAAGGACAAAAGUGCUCUGCAUUGUCUCGUCUUUACGUUUCCCGCUCUUCUUGGGAAGCGGGCUUCCGUGACCAACUCUUACAGGAAGUCAAGGCUUUGAAGGUCGGCGCUCCCUUGGAAGACUUGUCCAACUUUGUUGGCCCCGUCAUUCACCGUGGUAGCUUUGACAAAUUGAAGGCUGUUUUGCAAAGCGCUGCCGCUGACAGUGAAGUCGAAGUCUUGGCUGGUGGCAAGGCUGACGAUUCUACUGGUUACUUUGUCGAGCCUACCAUCCUCCUUUCCAAGAACCCCAAGCAUGACAUCUUCAAAACCGAAUUCUUUGGCCCCAUCCUCGCUGUGUACGUUUAUGAAGACGAAUCUUUGGAGGAGGUUUGUGAAUUGAUUGAUACUACCAACGCGUACGGUUUGACUGGUUCUAUCUUUGCUCAAGACCGUAUCGUCGUCCGCAAGCUCACUGAGCGUCUCCGUAACGCUGCCGGAAACUUUUACAUUAACGACAAAUGUACUGGUGCUGUUGUUGGUGAGCAACCCUUCGGUGGUGCUCGUGCUAGUGGUACCAACGAUAAGGCCGGUAGCGGUAUGAUUUUGUCACGUUUCGUUUCUCCUCGCUCCGUCAAGGAUACUUUUGCUUAUGCCGAUUCCGUAUUAUACCCCUCUAACCUUUAAAAAAAAAUCGUGACUUUCCUUCCUUCACGAACCUCAAAAGUUUUUUUUUGUGCAUACUAAUCCAAAAUAAUUUUUUUAUGCAUAGAUUGAUACUCUUAUUCUCCUACAAUUAAUAGUAUUUUUCUACCGUUUUUAAAUCCUCUCUCGCA